AACCUUAACACUAGGAACCUUUAAAUCUGGGACGUUGUUGAACAGGGAUCGUUUUGAGCGACGGACGUGUUUGUUUCUUGUGUUUGUUGUAAUGAAAACUUCUAUUUAUAAUUUAUUUGCAUGUUCGUUUCGUUAUUUUGGUUAUUAUAGCAUGACAGUUUGGGCAAUUUGCAUAAGCAUCUGUAGCCUCGAAAUGGCGAAAUACGCUGCCAUGCGUUUAUUUUAAUCUUUUACCCUGACUAGUCGAACAAAGUCCAUUUUUGAGCAACAUGCCAAAGUGAAUGAAAUAUAGCAAGAGAACCGGUUACAUGCACAAUUCUGAUUAUCCCGAGCGGAUAUAAGCGGCUUUUUCUUUUUAAAAGGGUCUAUAAUCAGCUUAUUCUUCUUCUCUGCGAGUCUUUAUUCAGCAAAGCAGCUCAUUCAUUCAUUCAUUCAUGUUGACUUUCUGACUGUAAACAUGAGAAACAUUAAGAGAUCCUUUCUCUCCAUGUACAGUCUGCUGCAGGCCAGAUGUCACUGUGCUCCUUCAUCUUCGGCAAACAGGUUAUUCUCUGCAAGAGCUUUGAAUCCAAAGGUGUGCAUCGUGGGAGGAGGUCCUGCAGGCUUUUACACGGCACAACAUCUCCUCAAGGGGAGGAGUGACAUGGUUGUGGACAUCUAUGAGCGUCUGCCUGUCCCCUUUGGCCUGGUACGGUUUGGGGUGGCUCCGGAUCACCCCGAGGUUAAGAACGUUAUAAACACGUUCACGCAGACGGCUCAGCAUGAACGCUGCUCGUUCUUUGGCAAUGUCAGCAUAGGUACGGAUGUCAGUGUGGAGGAGCUGAAGAAAGCCUAUCACGCUGUUGUGCUUAGUUAUGGAGCAGAAGGAAAACGCUUAAUGGGAGUGCCUGGGGAAAACCUAGCUGGUGUGUUCUCAGCCAGAGACUUUGUGGGAUGGUAUAAUGGGCUCCCUAGCAACAAAGAGCUCUGUCCUGAUCUAAGUUGCGACACUGCUGUGGUUAUGGGACAAGGCAACGUGGCACUGGAUGUAGCCAGAAUCCUCUUGUCUCCCCCAGACCUUUUAAAGACAACAGACAUUACCCAACAGGCCUUGGAGUCUCUUAGGGCCAGUCAAGUGCGUAGGGUUCUGAUUGUGGGAAGACGGGGGCCUCUGCAAAUUGCCUGCACCAUUAAGGAGGUGAGAGAAAUGAUGAACCUGCCUGAGACUAGAGCAGACAUGCUCCCUGCUGACUUUGAGGGCAUAGCUGAAGCUCUGAAAGAUCUUCCCAGACCUAGGAAGAGACUGACUGAGCUAAUGCUGAAGUCCUUGAAAGUGGAUGAAAGAAGUCAGGAAGCAAAUAAACAAUGGGGUUUCCGUUUUCUACUCAGUCCCGUGAAAGUGCUCCCAAGUGCUGAUGGGAAAAAAGUAGCAGGGAUUCGUUUGGCUGUGAACAAACUUGAGGGUUCAGGGGAGAAGGCACGAGCUCGGCCCACAGGACAAACCCAAGAUCUUGAGUGUGGUCUGCUCAUCAGCAGUAUUGGAUAUAAGAGCCUACCUAUUGACUCCUCAGUGCCCUUUGACCCUCACACUUCCACAGUGCCGAACAACAUGGGCAGAGUGUCUCAUACAGCAGGGCUGUACUGCAGUGGAUGGGUGAAGCGUGGGCCAACUGGUGUGAUUGCAACAACUAUGAAUGACAGCUUUGAAACUGCACAAAUUCUCCUGAAAGAUGUGGAAACGGGAAAGCUGGAUCUAUCCGUUAAUAAAGCUGGUGCUCAGGAGAUUACAAGCUUACUGCAGACUCGAGGUGUAAGACCAGUGUCAUUUUCUGAGUGGGAGAAGAUCAACUCUGAGGAGAUUCGGAGAGGGGAAGUUCUGGGAAAACCCAGAGAGAAAGUACUGGACGUAAAACAGAUGUUAGGAAUAGCUUUGUCCUGAUCCAGUCUGAAAAAAAUGCACUGAAUCAGAUCCCACCUCGUCACACUCUGAGAAGUUUGAAAAGUCCCCUCCCUGGGUACAUGUUCAGCUGUGAGGCAAUUUAUUUGCUCAGUGUCAGGAUGCAGAACUGCUGAGUUAUUCUUUUAACUCCUUAUCAGGCUGAAAAGUCACUGACGCAGUUAAUCAAACACUGUGUAAACAAUAACAUCAUAUAGAAAAUAUUUAGAGAUUUUACAGGCCUCCCACUGGGCAAAAACAUGUUCGAUUGUCCUCUGAACCUUGAUUAAAGAGCCACUGAACACUAGGACUGGGACCGUGACCUGUCAUUUAACAUCAUGGAUUAUGUUAGUGCUUCUGUUUAUCUUACCUUUAGUUAAAUGUAAUUAACAUAAAAUCUAUGGUUGAUGUGUCCGAAGGUUCUGGAACCAAGAUUAACUUCAAUCAAAGUGAGGGAAAGGCCAAAGUUUUGAGAAAGAAAAGUUCAUCAGUCAAGCAGGUUGGACAUGGUGUCAUGUUUGCAUGGCUGCUUCUGGAACAUACUUCUUCUUCUUCUUCUUUCGGCUUUUCCCUUCAGGGGUCACCACAGCGAAUCAUCUCUCUCCACCUAUCCCUAUCUUCUGCAUUCCCAACGCUUGCACCCACUAGCUUCAAAUCUUCAUUAAUUACAUCCAUAUACCUCCUCUUUGGCCUUCCUCUUUGCCUCCUGCCUGGCAGCUCCGUCCCUGUCAUAGUACCAACAUUCAAAGUUCCUAUUCUCAGUCCUACACUCUUACCUUUCCUCUUCUCUCUCUGUCUGUGCACUCUCCUCCCUCCUCUACUUCUUCGACCAACAGUAGCCCAAUUUUCACCGGCGCCCUGUAGGUCAACGGUGCCAAUGGCGGUCGUUGUUAACCCAGGCCUUCACCGAUCCGGUAUGAAAUUCGUUUUGACGAUUUGCACGGUUAACUUUGCCAUUAAUGUUUUACGCCGGAUGCCCUUCCAGACGCAACCCUCUCUAUUUAUCCGGGCUUGGGACCGGCACAGAAGUCACUGGACUGUGACCCCCAUGGCUAGAUUACUUCUGGAACAUACUUAAUAAACUUUAUUGGUGAUGAUGAUCAACUCAAAAAAGUAUUUUCAGAGAGAAUUAUAUCUAGUCUACUUCUAGGAACUUCUUCAUGCAACAAGACAUUGACCCCAAAGCACACAAAAACCACAAGACUGUGGAAAAUUUCUUAAGAGCAAACUGUUAGAAGAAAGAAAACUGAAAGCUGAGCUACAAGCCUGAAAAAGCAGUACAAAAAAACAAAACAAAAAACCAAACAAACAAGGCAACAGCUUGUUGAUGACAAACCAAAUAUACUUUCUCUUACAAAUCGUUUUGUUCACCUAAACAUGUCCAAGCAUUCAGCUUCCUGCUCUGGUUUCACUGUGAAAUGCAGGGGCGGUUGUAGGAUUUAUCUGGUAAUAAGAAUAGUGAAAUUUCACUGCUUUUGGUUGCCGUCCUUGCGUAUUUCCGCCGAUUAACGUGAUAGAUAAACGCCUCCAGCUCUGUCUGUGCAUGCACGCUGCGCGUACCUGUGUUUUUCCGUUCAAAUAAAGCAGACAGCUGAAGACGCACUUUUGAAAGACUACAAUGCACGUGCCUAAAAGCAAAGUAAAAAAAAUCGCUCUUGGAUCAAACUGAUAAAUAAUUUUCUUUCCCAUCGACGACAUGUCCUGUAAUUUUUAUUGUUUAUUUAUGAAAGUAAAAAUUAUACUUAUAGUUUUUAUGUGGCUGAGAUCACACACAGGGGGGCUGAAGCCACCUUAAAAAAGGCCUAGAACCGCCCCUGGUGAAAUGUAUUGCCUUUGUACUGUGAAUUGGCACAAUAGGUAUAGGAUUUUAAUGAAAACAUGUAAUAAAUUAUAUACUUAUGAUCUUA